AUGGCAAAACGUAAGGUAUUACGUAAAGUGAUUGUUCACUUCGAUGAAGAUAGCGGUCAACCUGAUGAAGAUUCUGGAGGCUUACUUGGAUCAUGGUUAGGUCAGCUGAGUACUGAUGUGAACUUGUUACCCAUUAACUACAGUGAUUGGAGAUUGUUCAGUUCUCACAAAAAAGCAAAGGCAUGGGAAGUAAUCCAGAACAAAUUUUGGUUUGAUGAUCCUGAGACAAGAAAGGAUUAUGUGAUUGGUGUACUAGGAAGCAGGUGUAAAGAUUUAAAAUUGCGUCUUUGGAGAGAUUAUAAACAAAAUGAUCAAGCUCAAACAUUGGAGAAUCGUCCUACUGAUAUACUUGAAGACCAAUGGCAUGACUUUGUUACCACGAGGUUCACUGAUAAGUGGAGGAGAGUACGAGAUCGAAACAUCAAAAGCCGAAGCAACCAUACCAUGCCUCAUUCAUGUGGGAGAAAGAGUUUUGCUAGAAAAAGACGUGAAAUUAAAAAUGUGACUGGAAAAACACCAUGCCGAGCAGAAUUCUUCAUCGAGACUUGCAAGAAAUCUGAUGGAAAUUUCGUAACUAAGGAGGCUAAAAGGCAUGCGGAUGAGCUAAGAAUUUUGAUGACCCAAAAUCCAUCAACGCAAGUCACAAGCAAUAUGCCAGCUAGUUUGGAUGAUGAAUAUUCUCGAGUGUUUGGUCCAGAGCGUUCUGGCAGAGUACGUUGUGUUGGUCGUGGACCUACUCCCUCAAAGUUUUUCAAGCGCUCUACGGCAGCAAGAACUGAGGCUGAGAAUGCUGAAGUUGUUCAGAUGAGAACAAAGAUGGCAUCAUUAGAGAAUAAUGUUAAAAAUCUGACAGGAAUCUUACAACAGCUGUUGAGUAUAACUACUAGCGAUCAGGCACCUACAUGGGCAACUUAUGCGAAUAUACUAAGCUCUUCAUCUUUUCAGGGAAGAGGAAAUGAAUUCAAUGAAAACCAGAAUGGCAAUGGUUUGAACGUCAAUGGUAUGAAUGAAAUUGGCAUGAACGUCAAUGGUCUGAACAUCAAUGGCUCUGAACGUCAAUCAUCUGAAUGGCAACAGUGGAAUACUAAUGGCCGAAACGUCAAUGGUCGGAACAACAAUGGAUUUUCAGGCAAUGGACAUGGAAGGCCACGCAAAAACAGGUGUUUCUCGGGUGAAGAAAAAGAUGGAGAUAAAGAGAAAGAGAGCUCAAAGCUAGAGGACACCAAUGGAAUAUGUCUCGUAGUCGUAGGGACCAGGCAAGAUCAGUUGUUUCUUGCAGGUGUUGAAACUAGUCUCGUAGUGAAGAAGAAGCUCUGUGUGAUUGAUGAGAUUGAGGAAGUUGUAAAGUUUGAUCGAGAGACUGGUAAUAGGAAGUGGUACGUACGCUCAACACCACCAAGUCACCAACCAGGUAACUGGAUGACAUUCCUGUGUCGCGGAACAAAGCGUUUCAUGGUGUUUAGAGAGGAAGAAGAAACAGGGGUCAUGUCUUACACAGAGAACAUUGGAGAUCUCUGCAUAUUCCUAGGCAAUAAUGAGCCCUUCUGUGUCAAGGCAAGCUCAUUCCCCGGCCUAAACCCCAACUCAAUCUAUUUUUUAGGCGAUGGCUGUGGUGUUUACGAUAUCGCCACUAGAAAACCACGUUCCUUCCGUCCCAAGUCUCCCUCAGCCUUCUCGUUAGUAUCACUCCUCUCUUAUUGGAUCCCUCCAAUGUCUCUCUAG